UUGAAGGGCGGCACUAAGAACGAUUCCUCUGAGGAGCAGAAAUCCCAGCCUCUCGAUGACAAAUUUUCUGAUGAAGAAGAAGAUAAACAGUUCUUCGCAAAACAACUUACUGCUCAAUCCAGUGAUGAGGAUGAUUCAAUCGACUUAAAGCCCCGUCAUAAACUAAAAAAUGCUGCUAAUAAUCCAUUUUUAGGAAGUCGUGUUUUUCUUAAUCGAGCUGUUAGACUCGCGCAAGCCAGUUCAGCUGGUGCGACAUUUGGAUCUUGGGAGAAACACACUAAGGGCAUUGGUAUAAAACUUCUUGAGCAAAUGGGCUUUGAGCCUGGAAAAGGACUUGGUAGGCAAGGUCAAGGUAUCGUCACGCCCGUGGAGACAAAGUUGCGCAUUGGCAAAGGAUCUAUUGGCUAUAUGGGGUCAGAGAUUUCCCAGGCCCCGAGAAAAGAUUAUCCUCGUUAUAAAAAGAAAACCGAUACUACUAAUACAUCGCGUAUUGCAUACAAGACAAUUGACGAAAUAAUAUCUGGUAUUGCCCCACCUGUCCAUAGUACUAUUACAAAAAAGCAGGGACCGUUUCUGGAGAACAGCGAAAUGUCAAGAGUGAAAGUAAUAGAUAUGACAAGUCGAGAACAACGUGUGUAUACUGGGUAUGAAGCUGCUCUCUCCCGAAUAACUACCCAAAGAAACAUGACCAUAGACGAUCAAGAUGAAACAGGUCCGGAUGCUCAAGGUGUUAAGAAGUUGCGGCGCAUUGAGGGCACAUUUUUUGACGUGCCUGUCUUACGACAUAACAUUAACCUCUUAGUAGAAUCCAUAGAGGACGAAGUUCGUCGUUGUGAUCGGUCUGCACGCUUUGAAGAGGACAGGGCAGCUGGAUUAGAGCAUGAAAUAGAUAGACUAAAUCAAUCAGUUUGA